AGCAGAUUCCAGCGCGCGAGCAGCACAGCACCGCAAAAUCAACACGCAUCUCUUUAUCAGUGGACUGUUGCACGAUGCAUUCUCAGUCGGACUUCGCAUAAACGGAUUAACGCACAUUAACACAGUUGGCUAGAGAAUUUGGGCUGGAUUUAAAUAAAACACACUUUUGGAUUACUUUGCACAAGCGGUAUUUUUCUGGCAUCAGUAUCCGUUUGAUAAAGCAGGAGAAGUGACAGAAAUAAGGAACAAGAGCCAUGGCUUUUGGCUUUUAAUUAGAACUGUGUCAAGAAGCAGUGGGUCAGACAACACCUGCAUCAGUGUCUUCUGAUUGAGCUGGAUCUUAUUGUACAGCAUGAAGCGAACCUUCCCUUCACUCCCGCUCUGUCUCCUCACAUUUCUGCUCCUGUCUCAGCAGUGCACAGGAAUCAGAUGGCUGGUGCUAUCGCAGACCACACAACACAUCAACAAGACCCAGCACUGCAAGACGUUGCCAGGCCUCGUCUCCUCUCAGGCUCUGCUCUGUAGGAGUAACCUGGAACUCAUGCAAACCAUCAUCCAAGCAGCACGGGAGGUUAAAAAGGUCUGCCAAAAGACCUUCGCAGACAUGCGUUGGAACUGUUCCUCUAUUGAUGCUUCAAAAUUCCUCCCGGACCUGGAACGAGGAACGAGGGAAUCUGCAUUUGUAUAUGCACUCUCCGCAGCCACUAUAAGUCACACUAUAGCACGGGCGUGCACCUCCGGAGACCUGAGGUUGUGCUCGUGUGGUCCGAUUCCAGGUGAAAUACCAGAGCCUGGGUACAGGUGGGGCGGCUGUGCUGAUAACCUGCAUUAUGGUCUCCUCAUGGGCUCCAAGUUUUCUGAUGCCCCAAUGAAGAUGAAGAAGAAGUCUGGCUCGAAUGCCAACAAGCUGAUGCAUCUUCACAAUAGUGAAGUGGGCAGACAGGCCUUGCGAGACGCUCUGGUCAUGAAGUGCAAAUGCCACGGUGUUUCUGGUUCUUGCUCCAUUCGGACUUGCUGGAGAGGCUUACAGGAUCUGAAGGACAUCGCCAUGGACCUAAAGACCAAGUACUUGUCAGCCACUAAGGUGGUUCAUCGGCCUAUGGGUACACGCAAGCAACUCGUCCCCAAAGACAUCGACAUCCGGCCAGUCCGAGAGAAUGAGCUGGUUUAUCUGCAGAGUUCACCGGAUUAUUGCACAAAGAAUGACAAGUUGGGCUCUUUCGGCACUCAGGACAGGCAGUGCAAUAAAACCUCCAGCGGAAGUGACAGCUGUGAUCUGAUGUGCUGUGGCAGGGGACACAACCCGUACUCAGAGAGAGUGGUGGAGCGAUGCCACUGCAAAUACCACUGGUGCUGCUACGUCACGUGCAAGAAGUGUGAGAGGACUGUGGAGAAAUACGUGUGCAAAUGAGGUGGCUCUCCAUCUCUGCAGUCAUCUCCAACAAUUGUCCCGAUCCCCGCCACACGUACCUAUUCUCAGCUAAACUAAUCUAAAGGAGAUCUGGAAUGCGCUCUACUCAUUGUAACAGAACUGGACAGAAUUCUCAUUCGAAUUCCCAGACUUUGUGGUUGAACGAGCUGAAAAUUUCAAGACUUGAUUCUAUUCUAGAUAUAUUCAGCCUGGGUGUGGAGCAUAACCUUUGUCUACCUGAGUUAAUUUUCCAACAAAUAACCAAAGCAUGUUACCAACAAGCCUUUCUUUUGUCUUAUGCUUUUCCAGCUUAUGUGUUUUUGAGAAGACAUGGUUUGUUUUGGGCUUUAUGAACUUUUAUAAAGAAACUCAGAAGCUGGACUUUAUCUUUUAUGUUUUUUUUGUUAAAAACACCCAGCUCGCCGUCCUCAAGAGGAUUUUUACUCCUCAUUUUUUGAAACAUUAGAACAUAUGCUCCUUUCUAAUGUUCCAGAUCUUAAAAGUCUAUUUUCUUACACAAUACCUGGGUCCGUUUUUAUUUUAAUUGUUUUUAAAAGGUACAUCUUCCCAGUUUUUGGCAAGGCAUUGAUUUUCAGGACUCUUUUUAGAACCUUCAGAAUUGCUUGACAUUCCAGAGGAUUCCACAUUCCAAGUUCUAAGGGAUUAAGACCUCUAAACUCAGAUGGUACUUUUUUUCACCACAUUUGUUUUUGUUUAAUAGACUGACGAGAUAAAGAAAUUGCUGAACACGCAAAGGGAACUUCAAAUGUGGCUUUUGAAUGAGGGACUUUGCAAUGGCUUCCAUCUGUUGGUUGGUUACUUCAGUUCUAGAGGGAGAAUACCUGUAAUUUGUUCCAAAUAUAUCAACGAGGACAUUGGACUAUAUGUGUUGUGCCUUGUUAUAUUUUUACUCAACAUAAAAAAAAAAAAUGCUGACAUUCAAAUGCCAAACCUCUCUGAGCAUGUGAACAGAAUAUGUGGGUCACCCAUUACGGUCUUCGUGAACCACUUAUCUGUGGAUGUACAUAGUCAUUUUUGUAUGCUGAAUUAAAAAAGAAAAUAUUUAUGAACUAAUUAAAAAUCUUUACCUU